AACACUGAACAUAUCGGACACACCUAUGAUGGCGAUGGGAGCCAUGCCUAUGGCCUCAGCGCCCGCAUCACAAGAAGAUGAAGACGAGGGCGACAUCGGCGCCAAAACAGUUCAGACGUCGUUCACAAUAAAACUCAACAAAUUUGACGAAACAAAGAAAGUGGCGCUCAUUAAGGAGAUCAAGGCUGUGGUCGAGGGCAUGAAUCUGGUCCAGGCCAAGAAGUUUGUGGAAUCGGUUCCGCAGAUAAUUAAGUCCAAUGUCCCCAAAGACGAAGCCGAGAAACUUAAGAAAGCUCUGGAGGCGGUCGGCGGGGAAUGUCUUAUAGAGUAGUAGUCAUUGAAUUGAAUGGCAAUGAUUGCGAUAAAUCAUAAUUUCGGUAGUCUUUUAUAAGUCAAAAAUAUAUAUUUGUUUUCCUAAACAGUAG